UCCACGCGGACAGCAGCAGCGGGCGGGCCGCGUCAACAGAAGCCCGUUUCAAGCCAGGCCGCUGGUUUGCGCACUGUUCACAACAAGAUGGCCGCGGACUGGUGGACGCUACUGGUGUCCCUCGCCGCCGUCGCGGUCGCUCUUUGGUGGCGCCGCUACUCCACGCACUUUGCCCGCCGCGGCCUGCCCUCCACCCCCCCGCUGCCCCUAGUGGGGAACAUGCUGGACCUGGUGCUCAGGAGGAAGUCCAUGGCUGACGCCCUCACCGAACUCUACCGCAAGUUCGAGCCGCAUCCGUACGCUGGCGUCUACUUCACGACGCCAUUUGUGAUGGUGAGAGAUCCCGAUAUCAUCCGUGCCAUCACGGUCAAGGACUUUGACCACUUUACCGACCACAUGGAGUUCUUCAACGCUGACAAGUCGAACACACUGGCACAAAGGAUGCUUAUCGGUUUGAAAGGGAAGGAGUGGCACGGUAUGCGCACCACACUCAGCCCGGCAUUCACUACAAUGAAGAUGAGGAACAUGUUCACCUUGAUGACAGAGAUCGCUCACCAGGCAGCAGACUAUCUGGCUGUGAAAGCUGCUGAUUACGAGGCUUCUUCUGGCGACAAGGAUUUGCUGACUUUGGAGAUGAAGGACUUUUUCACCCGUGUUACCAAUGACGUCAUUGCGACUACGGCAUUCGGUGUGAAGGUGGACUCCCUGUCAGAGCCGGACAACACCUUCUACCGCAUGGGCCGUGACGUCACCAACAUCGGAGCGCUCGCCGCCGGCGGCUUCAUGACAGCCCCUAAGCUCAUGCAGCUGCUGGGCAUAUCAUUCUUCGACCGGAAGGCGAUGGAGUUCUUCAAAUCCAUGGUGUACGAGACUAUUCGUACGCGAGAGAAGCACGGAAUUGUUCGCCCCGAUGUGAUCCAUCUACUGAUGCAGGCAAGCCGUGGAGACCUGGUUUCCGAGGAAUGCAAGAAAGACGGGACCACCGGCUCCAGAGAGAGAUGUCUCAGCGAUGAGGACGUGGCCGCACAGGCGAUACUCUUCUUCUUCGCCGGCUUCGAGUCAGUAGCCACACUGCUGACGUUCUGCAGCUACCUGCUGGCCACGCACCAGGACGUGCAGAAGCGGCUGCAGAGGGAGGUGGACGAGGUCAUGCAGAAGAGCGGGGGGCAGCCCGGCUACGAGCAGGUCACGAGCUGCCAGUACCUCGACAUGGUGCUCUCUGAAACGCUGAGGAUGUACGUGCCGGGCACAGCGCUGGACCGCGUGUGCGUGCGCUCCUACCAGCUGCCGGCCGCAGGCGGCGGCGCCGGCGUCUGGCUGCACCCUGGUGACGUCAUCUGGGUGCCCGUGCACGCCAUCCACCGCGACCCCAACUACUUUCCCGAGCCUGAGCGUUUCGACCCGGAGAGGUUCAGUCCAGAGAACAAGCACCUCAUCAAGCCAUUCACUUACUUUCCGUUCGGGUCUGGACCUCGCAUCUGUAUUGGCCAGAGGUUCGCGCUGAUGGAAGCGAAGGUGGUGCUGGUGCACCUGCUGUCCAGGUUCAGCCUCCAGGCGGUGGAGAGGACGCCGGUGCCGCUCCAGAUCGAGCCCAGCAGCGUCACGCUCUCCAUCCAGGGGGGCGCCUGGCUCGGCGUACGACGCAGGGCGGCUGUGUAGGAGACACAGCUGCUCUGACCAGUCGUAGGCGCCUCUGUCGAGUCUGUCACUGGGCAAAUCCGCCACGUCGAAAGAUAAUCUAAUCCGUUUCCAUCUGCAGCAAGGUGCACAACGCACCAAACCCGCUCGGGAUCGAUAUACUUGAUAACCAACCGUUAGGCAACACAUCAUAUCGCUUCUUAGAACUACUCCCAAAUAUUUAAACAAUGUACCAUCUACAAUAUGUUCGCCACUAAUCUUGUAGUCAAAUACUGUCGGAUUCUUUCUCUCUGUUACAGGCAUUAUGUUGCAUUAUUAAUACACAUUUCAGAGAGUUACCAUUCAUUAUUCCUAGCGUUCAGUAUUGACAGACUCUACCCAAAUACAUCGUUCAUCACACUAAAACGGUCAUAACUUCUCCUCGGUACUGUUUUUCGGUUAAGACAGUCUAUGAAAAGUUGCACGCACUCUCGCUCGGCUGUGUGUUCUAUAACGAUAUCCACAAUGUCCUACAAGCAAAUACUCAGCUAAUACUUUCCCCCACCUUGUCAAUUAACUUGUAAGAUUUCAAAGAGCCUUCUUGUACGUAGCACGUAAAGUUUCUGUAAUAAGACGUUCACCAAAACACCUCGUGAAAUGUUGUGCUUAAAACGUCACACACCUGUUCAUGCAAUCCAACUCUUAAGCAGACUGCUUCUGUCCUGAAUUAGCCUAAUAUUUCUAAUCAUCAGUUAGGUCUAGGUCUGUCUCUAAGAAUGACUGGCUGAGAUACCAGACAUGGAACACAUACACAUUUCAAUCACACACAAUAUAAAUACAUGUUAGUGGGACACAAAAACAGAUAAAAUACUAUUUAGCAAGAGCUACUGUAACAAUAAACAACUCUGAAAAUGUAUGUAGGCAGUGCCAGUUUGUUAUACGGAAAUGUCCUUUCAUCAAAGUAA